GGGUUAUUUGGAUAGAGUUAUGUACUACGAUGAUGGUCAAGGUAGAAACAAGUCACGGCGAGUUAUGGAUGGAUAUUAUGCAAGUUGCUGGACAAGACAGAUUUGCUGAUGUUCAAAAACAAACAGCUAAAUUAAUUGUAUUGUAUGCCAAGCACAACCCCAAGUCCAUAGAUUAUGCUUGUGAGCGGAUGGUUCGAUUAGUUAUACCUCUAUUGUUGCAUAAACAUACGGCUGUGCGAGUAGCAGGUAUUAAGGUAGAGUUUGUUUCUCUAUGUCCUUUGUUUUCUGAUUGUGCCUUAGGCUAUGAAAGCUGUCUUGAUGGCUUCACCCAAGGGACUCCAUUUGCUGUUUGAAUAUGACCAAGUAUUAGACCGACAACCAAUUGUGCCUGGACUGAUCUAUGAUACAUCGGCUCUGGUGCGUGAUCAUCUAUUUAUUGUGCUGGGCAAACUACUUUGUGAAUGGAACCCUCGUGAUCGAUACCAAUACGGCGAACUAGUGUUGCCCAUCAUCUUGUCUGGUACAUUGGACGAUCUUCCUAGCGUACAAAUUACUUGUAAAUCAAGCAUGUCCAAAGUAGGAUUAAGCUGCACACAAGACUUGGUAGGAGCAGGUAUCCUUGAUACAUUUCCUGCAGAUGAAAAAGAAGCAGAAAUCAUAGGCAUCAAGCAUUUGGUCCACAUGUGUUAUGACAAAAGCGUUUCACAACUAAUGCACAGCAGUACUAAUUUUGUAAAGGUCAGACAAGAAACAGGCCUCGAUUCUCUCAAGCUAUUUUUGGAAUAUGCAUCGGUAGACGAUCUAGUGAGAUCCAUUAAGAGGUUGACCCAGUGUCUAUUUCAAGUCUAUGCCACUACGGAACAAGCAUCUAUUAAGACGCGGGUGUAUGACAUAUUGACACUUUUGCUUGCACAUUUACCUUCACCUGAGAUUUGCAUAGAAGUGCUGACUCUUAAGUUGGACAGGAAACGCUUGGCAGCCGAGACAGAAGGAUUCCCUGGUAACCUCGUUGUUACUGUGACCAUGGCAUUUUUAGAACACACGCUUUCGUCCAGUACAAUGUCAGAAAGUUCGAAGCAGCGCGUCAUUUCUAUAAUGAGCAAACCUUAUUUGACUGAAUAUCUGGAUCUGGAGGCAACACAACACUAUCAACAAGUUGUCCAAGCUUUCCAGAAAAUCUAAUAAAAGAAAAAGUCAGUUUAUAUUGUUUCUAAAAUAGUAUUUUCUAUUCAUGAUGAUAUAUCUUGGUAGAAAUAAACCUAUUUUAGAUAAAUUAUCCAUUCUUAACAAACAAUUCCAAUCAGAAUUCCAAGCGUAAUUCUCUUUCUCUUUGUGGGAUCAAAUCUAACGGAGUACAAAAAAAUCCAUAUCAAAUCUUGUUGAAUUCGUAUAUUUGUUCAUCUUAUUUGUUCCAAGCUUAAAGAGGAAUUACAGAACAAAGAAAAAAAAAGUAAAUAGUGGAGCAUCUUCUAGAUAAUUCAUCCACAGUCCACUUCUCUCAUGGUGAAUUUAGAAUAUUCAAUACAGA